AUGGAUGAGAAGAAUUUGGAGAACCUGAAGAUCCAAUUGCAGCAGUUACACAAUGAUGCACACGAAUUUGUGCAGAGUAUUCCUCCAACGCAGCUCUACAGUGCUAUCGGCGUAGUCAUUUUCACUAUAUCGGUCUUCUUAAUCAUUCGUCUUUUCAAGCAUAGGGCUUCAAAUACUAUUGUGCUCACUGGGUUAAGUGGAAGUGGCAAAACGGUUCUUUUUUACCAGCUUCGGGAUGGCUCCUCCCAUCAGGGUACUGUGACAUCAAUGGAACCAAAUGAAGAAACAUUUGUACUACAUUCGGAGACAACUAAGAAGGGAAAAGUGAAGCCAGUCCACAUUGUAGAUGUUCCUGGGCACUCACGUCUUAGACCCAAACUAGAUGAGUUCUUGCCUCAUGCGGCUGGAAUAGUUUUUGUAGUGGAUGCUGUGGAAUUCUUACCUAAUGUUCGUGCUGCUUCAGAAUACCUCUAUGAUAUUUUGACAAAGGCUAGUGUCGUGAAGAGAAAGAUCCCUUUGCUACUCUUGUGCAACAAGGUAGACAAAGUUACAGCACAUACAAAAGAUUUCAUCAGAAAACAACUCGAGAAGGAAAUCGACAAGCUCCGUGCGUCAAGAAUAGCAUUAUCUUCAGCCGACAUUGCUAAUGAAUACUCACUGGGGGUACCUGGAGAAGCUUUUGCAUUUCAUCAGUGCCUCAACAAAAUCUCAGUCGCAGAAGCGUCUGGUUCAACUAGUGACAUCUCUCAGUUAGAGCAGUUUAUCAAGGAUUAUGUUAAAGCGUGA